UGCUCCGUUCAGAUGAGAAUGAACCUCCAUCACUGGCAGCUGAUUUCCAGCAUCGCAUCCGUCUCAUGAUCGCUAUUUACAACCGAACCGAGUGCUGAAAACGACACCAAGUGCGAUAUGGCCCGUGAUAAAAAGGAUAGAGACAGCUGGGGGUCUUUCGUGGAUAAGAAUGUGUACGACUGGAGCUCAGAGGAGGAGGAAACAGACGGCCGAGCGCGUCCGGUGCAGGUGUUGGUGGUGAAGGAUGAUCACUCGUUUGAGCUGGACGAGGCAGCGCUCAGUAAGAUCCUGCUGUCCGAAGAGGUCAGAGACAGGGAGGUGGUGGCCAUCUCUGUGGCAGGAGCCUUUCGCAAGGGCAAAUCCUUUCUAAUGGACUUCAUGCUGCGAUACAUGUACAGCCAUGCCAGUGAAACGUGGCUGGGUGACCCGGACCAGCCGCUGACGGGAUUUUCGUGGAGAGGAGGAUCUGAGCGGGAGACCACAGGCAUUCAGAUCUGGAGUGAGGUCUUCCUGGUGGACAAACCAGAUGGUAGCAAGGUGGCGGUGUUGCUAAUGGACACACAAGGGACCUUUGAUAGCCAGUCCACUCUCCGUGACUCAGCCACUGUAUUUGCUCUCAGUACCAUGAUCAGCUCUAUGCAGGUGUAUAAUAUAUCUCAGAAUGUUCAGGAAGAUGAUCUUCAGCAUCUGCAGCUUUUCACUGAAUAUGGAAGACUGGCCAUGGAAGAAACAUUCCUCAAACCCUUUCAGUCCUUGAUCUUCCUUGUGCGGGACUGGAGUUUUCCAUACGAGUUUCCCUACGGACAGGAAGGUGGAAUGCAGUUCCUGGAAAAAAGAUUAAAGAUCUCAGAGAACCAACACGAAGAGCUGCAGAACGUGAGGAAACACAUCCAUUCCUGCUUCACCAACAUCUCUUGUUUCCUCAUGCCACACCCAGGGCUUAAGGUGGCCACUAACCCACACUUUGAUGGCAGAUUGAAGGAGAUCGAUCAAGAGUUUAUUACCAAUCUGCAAGUGCUUAUUUCGUGCUUGCUGCGCCCCAAAAACCUGGACGUGAAAGAGAUAAAUGGAAGUCAAAUCACCUGCCGCGGACUCCUGGAGUACUUCAAAGCAUAUAUCAAGAUUUACCAAGGAGAGGAGCUGCCACACCCCAAAUCCAUGUUACAGGCCACAGCAGAGGCAAAUAAUUUGGCCGCAGUGGCUGCAGCUAAAGAUCUAUACAACAAGAAGAUGGAGCAGGUGAGUGGAGGAGAUCGUCCGUUCCUCGCACCGAGCGAGCUGCAGGCACGUCACCUGGACAUCCGCGAGGAAGCAUUGACGUUGUUCCGCGGGGUGAAGAAAAUGGGAGGGGAGGAAUUCAGCCGGCGUUACUUGCUACAGCUAGAGGCGGAGAUCGACGAGGUCUUCGUGCAGUACAUCAAACACAACGACUCCAAGAACAUCUUUCACGCGGCACGCACGCCCGCAACACUGUUCGUGGUGAUCUUCGUAAUGUACGUGGCGGCAGGGAUCACCGGGUUCUUGGGCGUCGAUGUCAUCGCCAGCGUCUGCAACAUGGUUCUGGGCUUUGCACUCAUCACUCUGUGCACCUGGGCCUACAUCCGUUACUCAGGAGAAUACAGAGAGCUGGGUGCCGUCAUCGACCAGGUGGCCGGAGCGCUGUGGGAUCAGGGAAGCACAAAUGAGGCUCUAUAUAAGCUGUACAGCGUAGCAGCAAACCACAGGCAGCUGUAUAAUCACGCCUUCCCUGGACACCAAACCGACCAACAGCCCGAACCGGACAAGAAACGAAACUGACCGCACAGUUUCACAGACGCACUGUGGACAGUGGAGCGUACAGUCAGAGAGAGAAAGAUACGUGCGACUGUGCGAUGCUUUACUACUGUAAAAGAAGCAUUUCGCCACAAACACUCACCACGAUUUCAUCCUGCACUUCAAGCUCAGGCCCACAGCACGGACGUCAGAGAGGAGUUCAACACAUCACACGACAAAAUCAGUCUUGAGCGUGCAGCUUGUACAUGCUAAAGAAAAUCACUCUAUUAGUUUCGACAUUCUUGUCUGAAUUAUUUCAGUCUUUUCAGUGUAAAUACUGUUUCUCUCUCUGACAUACACGUGAAAGGAAUCUGUUCUUAUUUUGUAAUGGAUGUUGUAUGUUCAGUUCAGUGCUAUUUAUAAGGGAAUAAAAUACUACAUGUUUAAAAAUGCAA